AUGAUUAGAUUAACCGAGUCAGGCAUCGAGCCACAACGAGCUGUAACGGCACACCCAGUCCAAGCCGGACUGCAGCUGGCGCACUGCACCGACCGACAGGGUACAAGAGUUUCCGCCCCGCUCCACCCAACCGAUAUGCUAAUUUGUGUCUCCCACGGUCACAGUGACAUUGUGACUAGUGCCAUUCCGCAGGGGCAAUUCAACCUUACAGGAUUUCGGCCUACGAUCACGAUCAUCAUUGUAGCCAAUGAUGAAAUUAUCCGUCUCAUAAACCCGCCAUGCGGGCAGCGACCUGCCGUUGAUACUGGUCGAUCUCGGGAUUUCCUCCAAUGCUACCCAUUACGAGAGCAAACGAAGCAUAAGGACGCUCUUCAAGGUAGACCAUACCUUGAAAAGGUUUACCUGGUCGAUAUAUUGUCAUCGAGUCACCAAGUCACCAUAGGAAAAACACCUUGUCUCUCCAGACAGCGGAGUGACGGUAUUUACACGUGGCGAGUUCCACCACAAUCCGACGCCUUGGCAAAAGCAUGCCCAUACUGCAUUGGACGGGAGGAAUGGGGCGGAAUGGGCGAUGGCGAAGAAUAG